UUGAAUCAACCGACAAGAAAUGGAUCAGCUCGACACCAAAUGGGUCUCCACCGUAGCCAGCAUAUGGAUUCAGUGCACCAGCGGCUCCCUCUACACCUUCUCCAUCUACUCCUCGGCGCUCAAAUCAAGCCAGGGCUACGACCAAACCACGCUCGACACCGUGUCCGUCUUCAAGGACAUCGGGGCCAAUGUCGGCAUCCUCGCCGGUCUCCUCUACUCCGCCGCCGCAGGGGAUCGGCGCCGCCGUUCUGGGCCUUGGGUGGUCCUCCUGGCGGGCGCUGCCCAGAGCUUCCUGGGCUUCUUCCUCAUGUGGGCCUCCGUCGUCGGACUGAUACCCCGACCGCCAGUUCCGGCCAUGUGCUUCUUCAUGUUGGUUGCGGCCCACGCCUCGCCCUUCUUUAACACUUGCAAUGUGGUCACUGGUGUACGCAACUUUCCUAAUUACAGUGGCACUAUAGUUGGAAUUAUGAAGGGUUUUCUUGGUUUGAGUGGAGCCAUUUUAGUUCAGGUAUAUGAGACAAUAUUCAACAACGAGCCUACAUCCUAUCUUCUGAUGCUGGCUCUUUUGCCUACUAUCAAUACUUUGUUGCUCAUGUGGUUUGUGAGAAUUCACGACACAAAUGUAGGGCAUGAAAAGAAGAACCUGGAUUGUUUCUCGUUGAUUGCUCUGGUUGUCGCUGCUUAUCUUAUGGUUGUUAUAAUAUUAGAGAACGUUCUUACUUUUCAAUUGUGGGUACGUGUCGUCACAUUUGUCCUGCUCAUGCUGUUGCUUGCCUCACCUUUUUGCAUAGCAAUUAGAGCCCAUGAAAGGGAUUCUGAUAGGGAGAGGGAGCAACUAAUGGAUGAUCCCAACCAACUGGAUGCUGAGCAGAUACAUGUGAGACAUGAUUCUGCUGGGUAUCACCAUUUGCCCAGCAGUACUGAUCAAGAGAUGGAUAGCAAGGAUAAUAGGACUUUGCAAGCAGAAGAAAAUGUGAAUCUGUUGCAAGCCAUGCACACCAUAGACUUCUGGCUUUUGUUUCUUGCCAUGGCAUGUGGUAUGGGCUCAGGACUUGCCACAGUGAAUAACAUCUCCCAGAUAGGAGGAUCUCUUGGUUAUACCAGGUUCGAGAUAAGUACUUUGGUCUCUUUGUGGAGCAUCUGGAAUUUUCUUGGCCGUUUUGGAGCUGGCUAUGUAUCAGAUUAUUUCCUACACGCGAGAGGAUGGGCAAGGCCGUUGUUCAUGGUCAUCACUCAAGCAACCAUGAGCAUUGGUCAUGUGGUGAUUGCUUCUGGUUUGCCUGGUGCUCUGUAUGCUGGUUCAGUAUUGAUUGGUGUUUGUUAUGGUUCACAAUGGUCCUUAAUGCCUACAAUCACUUCCGAGAUAUUUGGUGUGGUACAUAUGGGUACCAUAUUCAAUACAAUUACCAUAGCAAGUCCUGUUGGAUCUUAUAUAUUUUCUGUGAGUGUUAUUGGGUAUAUUUAUGACAAGGAAGCAUCAGCAGAAGGCCACACAUGCACUGGAACUCACUGCUUCGUGCUAUCUUUUGUUAUCAUGGCAUCUGCUACCCUUUUGGGGUCUCUUGCUGCCAUGGGGUUGUACUUUCGGACCAAAAGUUUCUAUAUUCAGGUUAUACACAGAAGACUGCUAAAUUCUCUGAGGGAGUGAAGUGUUGAGACUGCCAAUUACUGUGACGGUCUCAUGAAGGUUUUUCUGUUCAGUGAGGUAAAUGCCGAAAUGCUCUCUCUCGAGCUGCUUCUUACGACAUAUGUUUAUCACUGUCUUCUCUAUUUGUCUGUGUGUGAAAGCUUACCUACACUAUCUAGGGAGAAGAGGAAGUCAACUCUGUCAUUUUCAUCUUUGUUGAAAUGUAUAUUCAUAGUGAAAUAUCCUAUCUGAAUGCUAGGAUCAGCUCUGGGCAAAAAAGCAUUUCAUAGGAGGGCUUCAUAGGUAGAAGUGAAAAUAGAUCAAAGAAUACUCCUCUUUCUUUGCAGGUCAACAGAAACUUUGAGGGAACUCAUUAAUUAGGUCAAUGGGAUUUUGGGAUUUAGUGAUAUACCACAAGGGAAGCAAGGGGUUUUCCAGAUGGUAAAUCCCUUAUUCUUAAAAUUGAGGCCAUCUCUAGGUUUAUAUGAUAGUCUUUCAAUAAAAAAUCAACCUAACAUGAAUCCCCAAAACAACAAAGGAGAGAUGAUUUAUAAAACGAUACCUUGUAAAUCUAGAAUUACAACCGAGUUUGCCGUCCUCCAACUGAGCGUGUCUCUGGGCUCGUAGAUGAAAUUUCAGAACUCACAUUGGUUGAAGUUGCCGAGUUGGAAAACAACUUAUGAGAAAAACAGGAUAGAAACCACCCAGCAUGUGAAACAUGAUGAAUGCACUGAUUGUUUGGGUCAUGAUGAAGGCAUCAAAAGAAGCCAAGGGGGUGAAGAAACCAGGCGAGUCUGUUCUUUUAUAAAUCUAGUAUUGUUUAUUUGUUUCGCUUGGUACUCAUUUUUUCAUGCUUCCCAAAUUGCUUAAAUAAUAUAUAGUUUCUAAGAUUGAAUGUAAAGCUACAUUUUUUAUGUUUCUGAUUUGUGCAUACCCCAUUAUUUACCUGUUAUCAUGCUCGCGUUUUGCUUCUUCAAAAAGUGAAGGAAAGACUGAAGGGCUACUGAGAACCAAAAGGUUGAAGGGUUAUAUGCAAAUUAGUG